AUGGCGAUUGCCACCUUCUCCACACGCGCCUUCUCUCUUCAGUCGCCAAACUACCACCAUCAAUAUCACGGCAGGAACUUUGCUACAACCACUCACUGUAUUGCCAUCCCAACUUCUAAACUCUCUUCUACUCCAUCUCUCUCUUGGACAACUACUGCUUCUCGUUUUAAAAGAUUUCGAACAACCAUUGUUUUCUCCUCUGGUGGAGGAGACGGUGGCGUAGGUGGUGGUGGAGGGAGUACUGGAGGAGGUGGGAAUGAUGGUGAUGGUGAUGGUGAUGCUGGAUUCCGCAACCGGAACGAGGCCAUUCUUGCAUUGGCAGAGGUGGGGAGGUCGUUGGAGAGCUUGCCAAAGGAUUUGGCUGCGGCAAUUGAGGCAGGGAGGGUGCCAGGUUCUAUUGUUAGUAGGUACUUCGAACUUGAGAAGUCACCGGUGUUUAGGUGGUUGCUUCAAUUUGGAGGGUUUAAAGAAAGGUUGCUUGCUGAUGAUUUGUUCUUGACUAAGGUUGCCAUCGAGUGUGGAGUUGGGAUCUUUACCAAGACUGCUGCAGAGCUGGAAAGGCGCAGAGAAAACUUUACCAAGGAGCUGGAUUUUGUUUUAGCCGAUGUGGUAAUGGCCAUAAUCGCAGAUUUUAUGCUCGUAUGGCUCCCUGCUCCUACCGUUUUUCUUCGACCACCUCUUGCAAUCAGUGCCGGUCCAGUUGCUAAGUUCUUCUACAGCUGUCCUGAUAAUGCUUUUCAGGUGGCUUUGGCUGGAACAUCUUAUUCACUUUUACAGAGAAUAGGUGCUGUAAUGCGUAAUGGAGCCAAGCUAUUUGCAGUUGGUACUGGUGCAUCUCUGGUUGGUGUAGGUAUAACAAAUGCGUUGAUUAAUGCGCGAAAGGCUUUUGAUAAAUCAUUUGCCGUAGAAGCAGAGGAUGUGCCUAUAUUGUCAACCAGUGUGGCCUAUGGGGUGUAUAUGGCAGUUUCCAGCAACCUAAGGUACCAAGUCCUUGCCGGAGUUAUUGAACAGCGGAUUUUGGAGCCAUUGCUACACCAACACAAGUUUAUGUUGAGUGCAAUGUGCUUUGCCGUUCGAACUGGCAACACAUUCUUAGGGUCAUUGAUGUGGGUGGAUUAUGCACGAUGGGUUGGAAUCCAAAAGAUACGGGAGUAG